UUUUGUUUACAAACAUUACCGUGCAGCAGAAAAAAGCAAAAUAAAUUUCGUCCGCAACCAGGUAAAAGUGCAGUGAGAAGAAAUCCAAAUACAUAAUGCGUUGGUACUGUGCGGUCAGCGGAUGUACAAAUAAAAAAUCAUCGACCAAGGAAAAUCCUGGCAUCACAUACCACAGAUUUCCAGCGGAUGAAGCAAGAAGAGCGAAAUGGGUGAGUUUUUGCGGACGUGGGGAAACGUGGACCCCUGUACCUAGUCAAGGAAUUUGUUCCAGGCACUUUCAUGGAACUAGUUACGAUUCGAACGUGAAACAUCGUCGGCAGCUCAUUUCAAACGCGAUUCCAGAGCUUAAUCCACGAUCCGAUCUCGGUCAACAACAGCAUCAGCACAGUUCAGUUUCACAGCAUAUGAUUUCAAAAGGACACAUGUUUAUGGAUAACUUCCAGAUCCUGAGCGAAAUUCCUUCUUUUGAUGAAAAUCUUAGAUUUUUGGACGAAACGAAUGUUGCCGACGACUCAGCUCUCGGUUCCGAAAAUAGCUUGGAGACGUCGCUUAUUUGUUAUCCGGUGGCCUCAGAUCCAGUGAAUUCGUCUGUAGAAUCCGACCACAAUUACCCCACUUCAUCGGUGACCGUUUGUGCGGCUCGUCACUAAGCUUUCAAUCCGAAGACACCCAAGUUAUUAACGAGGAAAAAGGUGUGACCGAAAUAGUGUUGGGUUUCUAGAGAAUGACUACAGGUGGAAAAGGUUGGCUAUCAUGUCGCCAAGUGCUGAACAUCAUGGUCAUCUUCGGCUUCAUGCUGAACUAUGCCCUGCGAGUCAACUUCACCAUCGCCAUCGUGGUGAUGGCCAAAACGCUGAAGAAUCUCACCAACGGUGGAGCCGCGUUGGACGACGGCUUCGGCAAUGAAACCUCGACGGCCUUGGCCAGCGUGGCCUCGACGACCGAACAGAGCGUCAUCAGCGAAGAGGACAAGUUCGAGUGGGACGCCUACCAGCAGAACCUGAUGCUCGGGAGCUUCUUCUGGGGCUACGUGCUGACGGAGCUGCCCGGAGGUCGACUGGCCGAGAUCAUCGGAGGUCGCCGUGUCUUCGGAUAUAGCAUGCUUUUCGCUAGUGUAUUGACUUUGCUUACCCCUAUUGCUGCUUACACCAAUUAUAUUGCGGUAGUUAUAUUGCGAGCUGUUCUAGGCUUCUUCCUGGGAGCAUCCUGGCCGGCAAUCCACCCGUUGACCGCAGUCUGGAUUCCACCCAUGGAUCGGUCCAAGUUUAUCGCUAACAUGAUGGCUUCCUCGCUUGGUGCCGCCAUCACGAUGCCAAUCUGCGGCUAUCUCAUCGCUACCAUUGGAUGGCAGUCGGUAUUCUACUUCACCGGAGGGCUUGCCCUGGUGUGGUCGGUCAUGUGGUUCCUGGUGGUGUUCGAAACCCCGGCUGAGCAUCCACGAAUUUCCGCAGAGGAACGCAACGAGAUCGAGACCGCUAUCGGUGCCAGCGUUAAGGCCAAGAAGCCCACGUACGUCCCGUGGAAGUCGAUCUUGACUUCGCCACCGGUUUGGGCCAUCAUCCUGACCCACGGUGCUUCGGUAUUUGGCUUCUUCACGGUCGUUAACCAGCUGCCAACCUACAUGAAGUACAUUCUGAACUUCAACAUCAAGGAGAAUGGUUUGUUGUCUUCGCUGCCUUACUUCGGCAAAUACGCCAUGGCUGUGAUCUCUUCUCACUUGGCUGAUCAUCUGCGUAAGAACGGAACUCUGUCAACCACUGCCACGCGCAAGAUCUUCACUGCUUUCGCUGUCAUGACCCCCGGCUUCCUGAUGAUCGUCCAGGUGUACAUGGGCGAAAACCGCAGUUGGGCCGUCGGUAUCUUCACGUUGGCUCUGUUCCUGAACGGUGCCGUCACUGCUGGAUACCUGGGCAACGGGCUGGACAUUGCACCGAACUUCUCCGGUACGAUCUUCGGUAUGGCCAACACGCUGUCCUCGUUCGGAGGUUUCGUAUCGGCGUACAUGGUCGGCGUUCUCACCAACGACAACCAAACCUACGGCCAAUGGCAGAUCGUGUUCUGGAUUCUCGCCAUUAUCUACAUUGUCGGUUCCACGGCCUAUCUCAUCAUGGGCACCGGUGAGCUGCAGCCAUGGAACAACCCACCGGAGAGGGGAGUCAACAACCGCGAGACUGAAGAAGGCGUCCCAUUGAACCAGCAGGGCCAAAACAACAAACCAAUCUCAGCUUCGUCCUAAGAAGGCAGGUUCCCAGACAUGGCAGCUGGAGAGCGGAAUCAAAUAUCUGAUUUUGAAGGACAGGAUCGCGCGGAUGGCGCAUCGGUCCUUCCUAGGGGUAGAUACUUAUUUGAAUUUCUCUCAGAAUCACAAUCGCGCGCUCUGGUCGCGUUUGUUGCUUAGGUCAGAAUGUAAAUUUUAAUUUGUUUAAUUUUAAACUGCGACACAAAUGAAUGUUAGUUUUUAAUUACUUUGUAUGAGUGAUUUCUUGUUACUUUAGUGGAGUACUACUUACAGUAGAUUUCAGAAUGAGAGUGGUAGGUUCUCGUGAUUUGCUUUAGCAUUUAUUAAUUUAUUUUGUUAAGAGUGAAUCGUGACGAAAAGUGAAUCAUCGGUAGUAGUAUUUGAAUUAUUGCGAGUUGAGCUUAAGAUGCUGAAUCCUCAGAUGUAAAACAUCAUUCCGGUCAAUGCACUGUUGUUUCGAUCGUUAUGAGAAUCAAUGAGAAAGAUCAAAAAUUUAGAAAAGAGACCAUUUUUGGACGAAGAAUGUGAUUCUACUCAGAUUAAGUGCUAAUAACCUCACCUCAAUCAAAAGAACAAACACGUGUAGUUCAGAUUUCAAUUGAUACACUGCUAACGUUUUCAUGUUUUAGUGAAAACUGUCGGUAAUUCGCAUCCCGCGAAACUGAUAGUACUAAUCGAAUGCAACCUGAGUUCUCACCAAUUUGCCAAAAUCCAACCGCGAAGAUAAUCAUCAGUCCUCUGAAUGCGUUCUCUCACGAUCCACUUAGAAGGUAAUAUACUCACCGAAUACUGCGGGCCAAAUAUUGAAUCACGAGUAGCGAACUAUUUCAACACCACGUGUGUGCCUUUUCACUAGAACUGGUAUCAGAAAGCAGAAAACAAGCCAAGUGUACUUUGAACCUAUUUUUUUAAUACACGUAUACAAAACAAUAGAAUAGAACCGAAUGUCGUGUACUCU